AUGGAUGAAUGUCCAAACAAAACAGUAACAGAAUUUCAUAUCAUAACAAUAUCCACCUCCGAAACAGGAAGACAUUUGCUUUUCAUUGGAGUGUUAAUAAUGUAUUUAUUGACUGUGAAUGGAAACUUACUUAUUACUGGACUUAUAUGUUUGGAAGACCGGCUACACACUCCAAUGUACUUCUUUCUGGGAAAUCUCUCCAUGGCAGAUGUCACCUAUGUAACCACGACUCUUCCAAAGCUAUUAUCUAUAAUUGCUACAGAAGAUAAUAGAAUAUGGUUUUCUGCCUGUAUUACUCAACUUUACUUUUAUAUGUUAGCUGCUGUCUGUGAAAUUUUUAUUUUGACCUUCAUGUCUUAUGACCGAUAUGUAGCCAUCUGCAUGUCCUUGCAAUAUCAUCUUAUUAUGAACAGACAAGUAUACAUACCAAUGGCUAUCUCUUCUUGGCUUAUAGCAGCUAUUAACUCACUAAUCUAUGCAAUCCUUACCUCCAUGCUAAAUUUCUGUCAUACACAUCAAAUUGACCAUUUAUAUUGUGACCUAAAAACGUUAUACUCGAUAACCUCUAGCGACACCACUAGUAGACAAAUAUUCAUGCUGUUUGGAAAUAUCACUUUUACAUUUUUGCCUUUGACUCUUACUAUAAUCUCUUAUGUAUAUGUUAUCUCUUCCAUAUUGAAGAUACGUUCUUCAAGGGGACGCCUCAAAGCCUUCUCCAGCUGCACAUCUCAUCUUACCACCGUCAUGUUAUUCUAUGGUCCAAUCAUUUUCUUGUAUGGUAACCCAGAAUCUGGACAUUCUAAGGACCAGAAUAAAUUGCUCUCAUUCAUCUAUAUGGCCGUGGUUCCAAUGCUGAAUCCAGUUGUCUAUUCUCUGAGGAAUAAUGAGGUUUUGGGAGCAAUCAGAAAAGUAACCAGAAAUCUAAGAAAAUUUUGA